AUGCUGAGCCAUGACCGUGUGGAACAUUCCAGCCCGCUCCUCUCACUUGUCUGUGACCCCCACACAGUGAGAGCCCGGGGGCCUGCUCCCCAUUCGCCUGUGGUUCAGUCCAAGUGCCCAGGAGCACCACGCCCGGCAGGGUCAUGGGCUGGCCUCGGAGAGUGGAGGGGCUGGGCGAGGGGCGGGCUGUGGGCGGGGCGUGGGCCUGGCCAGGAUGGGUACCUUGGCAGAAGCCUGAGCAGGGGUGGUUUGCACGUGUGGGGGAGCGCAAGGGGGUUGCUGGUGCACUGGGGCCAGGUACGCUUGGCGUUUUACUCCAAAGUCAGGAGGAGUCGCAGGAGCACAGGUCGAUGGGCUUCUGAAGGUGCCCAGCGGAGGCGAGGUAGGCCCAAGAGGCUGCAGGGCCUAGCGGGUCUGAUCAGCGUCUCUCCUGAUGAAGCAGACGGAGUGCAGGGCAGAGAGCUGUCCAAUAUAAGCCCACCUGAGAUGGAAGUCAAUCUGGAGGGAAAUUUUGGGAACUGGUCUUCUGGGAUUUGCUGUGCCUACUGGCAUCCAUGUGCCUAUGUGGAGGUGGCAGCUGGCACUAGAAGUCUGGAUUUGGGGAACCCCCAGUGCAUGGCUCUUAAGGUGGUGCCCAGAGCUGGUCAGCACCAGCCCCCUGAUCACAGGAAGAUCCUGCUGUGA